AUGCCACGUGCCACCUGGCCACCCUUCUUUCAGGACCGGUACCUACUGCUCACCAACACAAUGAGUGGAGGAGGCCUGCUGGGACUCGGAGACUUCCUGCAACAGAGCCGGGAGAUCCGCAAGGAGCCAGACAGAGUCCGAGACUGGAGGAGGACAGGUUGCAUGGCUUUGGUGGGCUGCUCCAUGAGUCUACUGCUGCAUUUCUGGUACAGCUGGCUGGACAGUGUGUUUGUUGGAAAAGCUAUGAGCACUGUGGGCAAGAAGGUUCUGGCGGACCAGCUGAUCGCCUCACCAGCAAUCGGCAUGUGGUAUUUUUUAGGUAUGGGUCUCACGGAGGGACACACUUUAUCCGAAGGAUUGGAGGAGUUUAAAGAGAAGUUCUGGGAAUAUUAUAAGGCGGACUUGUGUGUUUGGCCUGCCACUCAGAUAAUCAACUUCUACUUCCUCUCGCCCAAAUUCCGCGUUGUGUAUAUCAACAUUAUCAGCCUAGGAUGGGAUGUCUACUUGUCCUCCCUCAAACACAGAGACAGCAGCCACCCCACUGUGGUGGUAUCAGACAGCGGUGCUGUGGGUGUACAGCAGGAAGUGCUCCCACCCUCCAAACAACACAUUAGUGAUGAUUGUCACUGUGGUGAUAUAUCACUUUGA